GAAUUCCUAUCUGCAAGACUUAGUACGUUACAAUUUCCGGAUGUUUUGAAUCACGACGUCCAUCGAAGAAAGUGAAUUCAAUUCAGCUUUAGAAAAGAAGAUUUAGUGUAAACAACAUUGACUCACUCUGGAUCCAUUCUUUGAAGAUCGCUACCUGACUUCUAGUGAUAGAGCAUUCGUACAGGAAGUGACAUUACAAAUCCAGUCUUAUUCUUCCAGGACCUCAAAGUCUCAAAAAAGGGUACUGUUAUUUCCAGCAGUCAAUAGUUAUCAAAGGUUCCUGAUUCACAAAAUUAUAGAAGGUUUCCCAGAACUCCAUAGUUUUUCCAUUGGACAAGGGGACACUCGAAGAACUGUUGUAACUAAAGUUCAAAGAAUAGAUCAAGAGGAAUUGUGUUUCAUGUCUGCCCCUAGACCUCAGUCAUCCAGGGGAAGGGGCAGAGGUCGUCAUGGAGGUCAAGGGGUCAAUAACAGUUCACUAGCUAAAGAAGCAACAAGAGACCAAAGUCCAAACGAAAGUAAUAAUGUUUCCCCAGCUGGAGUAAAUAGACAAAGGAAAAAGAAACCUGAAGUGCAGAGGUAUGUCCCUAGGGGGCGUCGCCUUCUGAAUCAACAGGAUGAGGAAGCCAGAAUAGGGCAAAGUUCAAAUCGCAGCAGUCCUCCAUUAUCUUCAAAUGGCAGUAACCCACCAGUUAAUAGCGAUUACACUACUAGCAAUCUUACUGAAAACAUAGGGGAUCAAUCUGUUAGAGGAAGGACAAAGAAUGAAGUUGACAGUUCACUGGGAAGAAAUCAAGAAGAACAAGACAAUCAGAAAUAUGUUGGUGAUUUUAGCGAGGAAGUCAGUCAGAAUGAAGUUUCUGGAGUUAGUGCUACUGAAACAAAUGAAUCUAUAGAACAAAAAGGAAGUGAAGAAGAUUUCCUUGGCAACAGAGAGGUGAAUAAUUGUAUGUUUGUAGAGCAUUGUAUAGAUAGCUCUAAAGGGACACAACAUGAAAGUAAGGAUACAAGUCAGGUAGAUGUACUAUCUCAUAGCAACUGUGAUAUAAGUGAAAGCAGGGGAGAAGAGGAAUGUAUGGAUGUUAAAGAAGAAAAUAAUGAUUUGGAUGGCACUUCUGACCAGAAUAAAAGGAUAGAAUGUGAAAGUAACUUGAAUGAUGAAGAAAUUUUAAAAGAGAAAGUAGUGGAAGAUAUAAAUAUGGCUGAAACUGAAAGUGAAAGGACUAAUGAGUUGUUAGAGAAGAAAGAGGAAGCAACAGUAAUAAUGGAGACCAAUACUCAAGAUGAUAAAGUGGAUGAUGGAGAAGAUGACAUUCCAUUGAAUUGGGAUGAUGAUGUAGAAGAAAGCAAUGAAAAUUCAGUAUCAAAGAACAUAGAUACCACUGAGGCAAAAAGUGAAAAUCAAGAUGGGGAAAGUAUUCAUAGAAAAGUGAAGACUCAAGAAAGUGAAGGUAAAACUGAAGUGAAGAAGAUUAAACUGAAGAAGUCAAAGAAGAAAAGUAAGACAUCAGGUGAAGCUAAGGUAGAAGAUGAGACACCUUCUGUAGAGAAGAAAGGGAAGAAGAAGUCCACUAGAACAAACAUAACUGUGUUUGACAUGAUGAAUAUGCAUGAAUUAAAAGAGGAUAAAAAAGAGGAAAAGAAGGCAGAGAUUAAAGAGCAGCCCAUAGUGGAUGUAGAAGAAAAUGUGCUAAAGGGGGAUAAAUCAGAUAAGGAAGCCGAUGAAGACGAAGGAGACUGGGACACGAUGUUUGAUGAUGAUGGAGAAUGUCUGGAUCCUUCUGCCAUGGAGGAGCUGACAAAGACUGUGGGAAAAGUGCAGAUUGAAAAAGCCACCAUAAAUUAUCUGGAUUUCAAACCCAAGGAACCUGACUACGAUGAAAUGAAUCAUGUCAUUGAAAUCUUUGACUUUCCUGCUGAAUUUAAGACUGAGGAUCUCCUGUCCAUUUUCUCCCAAUUCAAGAGUAAAGGCUUCGACAUCAAAUGGGUGGAUGAUACACAUGCACUGGGAGUGUUUUCAAGUGUUAUUGCAGCACAAGAUGCUUUGAAGAUUGUUCAUCCACUCUGUAAAGUUGGACCAUUAUCAGAAGCCAGCAAAGCUUGUAAGGCAAAGGCCAAGCGAUGUGUAGAAUUUCUCCAGCCCUACAAGCCCCGGCCAGAGACCACUGCAAUGACAGCCCGGAGACUGGUGACAGGGGCUCUAGGCCUCACCCCCCAAAUCUCCAAGGAACAGCGGGAACUAGAGAGAAAGAAAUUAAAGGAGGCUAAAGAAAAGAGGAGAAGUGACAGAAAACAGAGAGAGGACAUGUGGGAAGGAACGAUAGCCUCAGGCAGUUCUUGACCAAACUUUGUCUGGUAGACAAUUCCAAAUAUCAGAACAAAACACAAGUUACACAAGAAAAUUUAUUGUUAUAGGACUAACGGGCAGAGAAUAUAGAAAUACAUAGACCAAAUUUUGAAUUUGAGCUUUUUAGGAAUAUCAAAUCACACCCAUCUAGCACUUACUCGGUAGUUAAACAAGAGGUAAAUAAGAUAGCUGCCAAGAACAUUGAAAAUGUCCUUCGUUUGAACAGAAUCAGAACUGAUUAAGAUAGAUUUUUCAUAUGUCUAUAAAUUUUAAAAAAGAAAUGAAAUUUUAUGAAAUUAGUAAAUUUAAAUGCAGUUGACUUUUUAGAUUUCAGGAAGAUUUAAAUGUGAUGCAUGGUAUUAUUAUGCCCAGUAUUUGAUUUAGAAUUGGUGAAAUAUUUCAUUGGAUUCAAUAUAUUCAUCUGAAGCAACAUUCUAGAUUUUUAAUUGGUAGUUUGUUGGUUGUAAUUGACAUUCAUUCAUUUUAAUUCUAUUUUUAAAACCUAUGCAGUUAAACUGCUACUGUUUCUUGUUCAAUUGUUGUACAAACUGUUAUGCUUCUGAGCAUAUUUAUGUGUUUUUGUCUUCAUUCAGCUUACAUAGACGUUACGUUUUUAGUAAACAUAACUGCAGAAUUCCUCAGGAGAAUGUGUUGUUUUAUCAAUAAUCAACUGCAUUACAUGAUGCUGGAGUAUUCCUAAAAUAAUCAUAUGUUUGUCAGUUAUGUAUUAAUUUAUUUGUAUGAAGUUAGAAAGAUGGAGAUAAGAUGUGAUAUUUUUAUAAGACUAUGUGAGAUUCUCUUCUUAAAAAAAUGAAUAAAAUUGUCGUUUCUGCUA